GGACAAUUAAGGAAGUUAUGGAUGAACCAGAUUGGUGGUACUACUCAUGUGUAUGUGGUCAUGCUGUUGUUGACCAUGAGGAUCUCUACCUUUGUGAUGCUUGUGGUUCAUGUGUUGAGCAUGUUAUGCUCAAGUAUAGGAUUCAGGUAAAGAUUCACCAUGCUGGGUGUGAUGUUUUGUUUGUUCUGCUUGAUAAUGCGGCAACAAAACUAUUUGGAAAAACCUGUUCUGAAGCAUUUCUCAGGAUAGACGAAGAAUUCCCUGUUGAUCCUAGUGUGCUUGCAGUCUGUCGGUCAUAUUCUCCACAAAUGUUUGGUGAUGUUGUUGGAGAGGAUAAAGUUUUCAAGGUUGAAAUCCUUUCUGCAGUUGAUCCAGAUUACUCCGGGUCCUUUAAAAUUGUAAAUGUCUUUAGUGAUAAUUCUGAACCAGCUACAACUGAUGAUUAUAUGAAUGCAAGGCUUCAUGAUCCGAUUUUUCCACCAAUCUACGAUGCCUAUUUGCAGUAUGGAAGUGGGGAAGAUUACAAGACUCAAGUAGUGUGUGAUAAUUCUAUUCAAUCAGAAACUAUUGAAGAUAUUAUUACUGAUCUUAUUUCACCCAAUCGCUGCUAUUCUGAUGUUGAGAAUGGUGGUUUUGUUUUUAUUCUGGGAACUAUAUCAUCUGUUUUCAAGAAUCAUAAGUGGUGGUUCUCAACUUGUUUGUGUGGUUCUCUUGUGUCAGCUAAUAAACAAAUUUUAUCCUGUGAUCUAUGUCAGCUUCAAUGCAUUGAUGCUGUCCCAAGAUUCUGCUUGAAGAUUGUAGUUUCUCAUGCAAAUGGCAACAAUAUAUUUGUUCUUAAAGAUCGUGAGGUUGUGCAACUGAUAAAGACAAGAUGCUCUACCUUUUUGGAUAAUCACCCAGAGUUGAAUCAGGGAUCUUAUUGCAAAGUUGUUCCAUUGAAACUCAUUUCAAGUCUUUUGCACAAAAAAGUUGUAUUCAUGGUUGAUGCUAGGCCUGUGGGUUGAGAUGAAUCGAUCUGUAUAUAUUGUUCAACAAAUUUGGGAUGAUGCCUCUGUUAUUAAUGUUUUUGAGGCUGCUGCUGAGAUGAAUGAGCAUAAGAUUCAUGUUUUGGUUGAUUCUAUGCCUGAAGUUGAAGAUGCUUUUAGCCAAUGUGGAAGCGAUCAUGAAGCUGUGGAAGAUCUAGAUGCUUUUUAGUUUAAUAUGUAUGUUAAGAUAGUACUUUAAGUUGUUAUUGUGCAUCAUCUUGAUGAUUUUUAGUGUAAUAUGCUCAGAUACUAUUUUAAAUUGUUGUUUGAUUUGUAAUAUAAUGUUAGUCU